CGAAACUACUACGAAGCUUCCGGCUGCAGUUAAACGGAUUGGAAUCGUUAACUGUGGCUAGCUCUGUAUAAAAAAAGAUGUUUUCUGCUUAUAAAACACGUUUUUAAUAGAUUUUUAUAUUUCAAGCAUUGAUCAACCUUCGGUAAAUAUCUUCGUGGAUAAUUUUAUGAGAGAAUGCUACUUUCACUGAUAAGGAAAAAUGGGCUAAAUUUGGCCAGGUUCUUCACUCAGACACCUCUGCUGACCCAAGAGACUUCUGUAUCUAAAUGUUGUAGUAUUCUGAAAGUUCCAAUCAGCAAGACUGCUAUUCAACAGACAGCAUAUUCUACGGAAGUAUGGAAUACAGAUUCUGCUACAAAUAAAUCAUAUAAAAGUCCAAGAAGGAAACGCUAUGGUUAUGAAACGAAAUAUUUUACUGGAGGACUUCUACCUCGCCCCGAUACUGAUAAUCCAUUGCGAUCACUGAAAGCCUAUAAAGUUCCAGAAAACUGGGUAAAAAAGAAGGCUUUGUUUGGACAAAAUGAUUAUAUUGAUAUACUCGGUGAUGGCAAAGUCACUCCAAAGGAUUUGAUCCAAGGUCCACCCUGGUUGAAAGGAUUCAAGGGAAACGAGAUGCAACGAUUGAUACGUCAAAUUAAAUACGAAGGUCAUCAUUUGAGGUUUUAUUAUCCAACGAAACAUCACAAAUUACGAAAGAGAAUUAAAUAUCUUUAUAAAUUCUACAAUCACCGUCGGCAUAAAACCAAGUAUUAAAACAAAUAUUCAAGUUUGGUUAUUAAAUGCUUUUUCCUUAAAAAUGACUUUUUUUUUUGUUUGUUUGUUUGUUCACUUAUUUUCAUGUUUGCUUUCCCAUGGAAGCCUAGGGUCGAAUAGGGAGUUAUUCUGGGGUAAGAUUUUACAGUCAGAUGAAAUUCCUGCCACUGCCGUUGUUUUAAUGUUUCUCAUAUUUAUGCUUGACUGGGUCAGACAGAUUUUACUCGUUUCAGUCAGUGGACUGUGGCCAUGCUGGGGCACUGCCUUGAGGAAUUUUUAGUCAAAUGAAUCAAUCACAGUACUUUUGUUUGUAAGUCUGGUACUUAUUUUAUCUAUUUCUUUUGCUGAACUGCUAAGUUAUGAAGACAUGAGCACACCAAAACUAGUUCCCUAGGCAGUGAAUGGGGGACAAAGACACA